UGCAUCCUUCGCGCCUUUUCGCUUCUAACCUUGAAACUACACACCGAAAAUUACCGCCGUUUGAUGUUGUAAAACGAUAAACCUGUAUUCGUUUUUUGUAAAAAUAAUCGUGUUAUAUCAUUGUCUUGUUAUUAUCAAGUAUUUGUCAUCAUGUCGGAUCCACAAUUAACCACCGGAGCUAUUUAUAAAAUACUGCGCGGCGUUGUGCUGGAGGAUCCAAUCUUGCAGAUCAUCGGCAGUAAACGCAUCGAUUCUCAAUCCGCAGAGAAAUCUCGCCAUCGCAUUCUGCUCUCUGAUGGAAAAUACAAAGUUUCUUAUGCCAUGUACACAGUGCAACCUAAUGAUACACUUGCAAUUGGUGGAGAGAUUGCUGAAAACACUGUCAUCAAGAUGAAGAAAUUCAUUACCAGUACCAUUGCUGCACCCAAUAAAGGUGGUGAGAAGAAUGUUCUUAUUAUACUUGAUGUGGAAGUAGUCAAAGAUGGCAAGCAGGUUGGCAGAAUUCUUGGCAGCCCAGAGGCGCUCCCCAGUGAUUUGUCCACCAUUGAGAACAAAGAGAACAAUUCAUCAUCAAAUUCUGCAUCAUCCCUUCAAAGUAAUUCCAGGACUCCCACUUCAAAUGAUUAUGAACCAGCUCCAAAGAGACCUAAUCUCUCUGGUCCAGCCCCAUCUGCAGAUACCAGCUCAUUCAGUGCAGAGCUGAUUAUGCCAAUCAGCAGUUUGAGUCCAUAUCAAAACAAAUGGGUGAUCAAGGCUAGAGUGACCAAUAAGGGUCCAAUCCGAAAAUGGUCCAACUCGAAGGGUGAGGGUCAACUGUUCAGUUUUGAUUUACUGGACCAAAGCGGUGAGAUCCGAGCGACCGGAUUCAGAGACAUGGUUGAUAAAUACUAUGAAUUUCUACAAGUUGAUAAGAUUUACUACAUUUCAAAGUGUCAGAUCAAAAUGGCGAACAAGAAGUUUUCUUCAUUGAAGAAUGACUAUGAAAUGACUCUUGGAGCCGAGUCGGUUAUUCAAGAAUGUGCUGAGGAUGGAGACAUGCCGACUGUUCAAUACAGCUUUACUACUUUUGAUAAGAUUGCUGCAAUGGAAGCCAACACGAUGAUUGAUGUAAUUGGAGUUUGUAAGCAAAUUGGUGAUGUUCAAACCCUAACCGCACGUUCAACAGGAAAAGAGUUAAAGAAGCGUGACAUUGUUCUUGUUGAUCAAAGCAAGUCUGCUAUCACUUUAACUUUAUGGGGAAAUGAUGCAGAGACAUUCGAUUCAAGCAACGAUAUUGUCGCUGUCAAAGGCGCGCGUAUUACCGAGUUUGGCGGAGGCAAAAGUAUCUCUGUACCGAACGGCGGUACAUUUAAACUGAACCCUGAUGUAAAAGAGGCGUUUGCUUUGCGUGGAUGGUACGAUAAUGGUGGAAACAGGGAAGAAGCGGCGAAUUUGAGCGCUAGGACUGGCGGAGGUGGCGGGGCUGCUAGUUGGUUCAGUUUCAAACAAGUACAAAAUGAAGGACUUGGAGCUACCGAACGUGGCGAUUACUAUCAGAAUGUUGCUACGAUUCUUAUGAUCCGCAGCGAGAAUUUGAUGUAUGAGGCAUGCGCCAAUGAAGGGUGCAACAAGAAGGUUGUGAAUCUUGAGAAUGGAAGAUACAGAUGUGAAAAAUGCAACAUUGAGUCAACUGAAUUCAAGUAUAGACUCAUUGGAAACAUGAAUUUGGGCGAUUGGAGUGGAAAUCAAUGGUCGACUAUCUUCAAUCCGGAUUGUGAGUUUAUUUUUGGCAAAACAGCUCAGGAAAUCGGCGAUGGAGCCCGAAAUGAUCCAUCGUUCAUGCAAAAUUUGGCUAGCGAUGCCAAUUUCAAACAAUUUCAAUUCAAGUUUCGUGUUAAGACUGAAACUUACAAUGAUGAUUCUCGAUUGCAAACGGUUGCGGUGAAAGUCGAACCGGUCAACUACAGGACUUACAACGCACAACUCCUUUCUCAGAUUCAAGCAAUGACUGCUUAAAAUGCACAUCAUUUAUUUAUACAUUAUUUCUUAUACCUUUAUUACUUUAUUAUGCACUUACUUAUAAUAAAAAUUAGUCAAAAAGUAA